GUUCAGAAAUACUGUCAAUCAUGAUGCAUUUUGAACAUAAAUACAAGUAACUGAUAUUCAGCUGGUGUGUGUGUGUGAGAGAGAGAAAGAGAGAGAGUAAAAGAGAGAGGCUGAGGAGUUUUAGAGGAAGUGAUGGUGUGCUGAUCAAAUGAACCUGUUGAGACCAUUUUAGACACGUAACCUCAGAGGAGCAGAGAGCAGCGACUGGAGGAGCUGAUAGACACCACAGUGAUCCAGAGAUGUCGGAAUCAAAGCAGUCUUCGGUGAAUCCUGAUUACAUCCACCUACCUCCGGCCUCUUUUUCCUCCUGCAGUCUUACCUCUAACCCCUCCAGCCUGGCUUUCACCCCUAACCCCUCCACCGCCACGUACCUGGCCAAUCACCUGCCUCAGAUGGAAGGGAUGCCAUGCGGCCAGUCCGAGGGCAGCUCGGGAUUGGCCAGGACAGGGAAUGACCGAGUGACUGAGCAUUUGAUGGGACUGUCGUACUUGUCCCACACACCUUGUCUCAACCCUUCGACCACGGUGGCAUCAAGCCACCAGAGCAGCCUCAUGCAGCAGGAGUUCUCUCCCUUCCUUCUGCCCUCUCCUCCCGGCCCCGCUCACGGCUCCAUACAGAAGAGGGGUUUCAGCAAGGACAGCGUGGAGUACCGUCUGAGGCGUGAGAGGAACAACAUCGCGGUGAGGAAGAGCCGGGACAAGGCCCGCAGGCGUAUCCAGCUUACGCAGCACCGGGUCCUGCAGCUGGAGGACGAGAACCGCAGGCUGCAGGUGCUGAUCGGUCAGCUCACACAAGAACUGGAGAACCUCCAGCGCUCCCUGUCACACCACCCUGGCCGCCCCGUGGGGGCGAGGCUGGGCAGGGGGGACAGCUGAGAGAGGCUGCUGCUUUGGAUGCAGAUGUGUUGUAUUCUUUUGAUGGAAGUUGUGCAAUCGAACACUGGCACAAGUGUGUUUCUAGAUGCUGCCUUUCCCCUUGGGCUCUUUCUGCUCCUGGUUCUUAGUCUACCUGGUGUUUCCCAUGAAAUCCUGAUGUAAGAUUUCUUUGUCAAUCAGAUGCGAGAUCCUAUGGUCAAUCAGUAAUUUAUUACCAUCAUGUAAUAACUUGUGUAUUGGUAGUUGCAAAAAAGUAUUAUUUUCAUGUAAUUUUGAGGUUUUCAGCAUUCUUCUAUAAAAUUAUGA